UUCCCACGUGAGCCACCGCCCAGUGUUGGAGGAAACCGAGGUACCAGCGUACUUACGUUCUCCCUCUCGGAGCCCUGUCUCUCUCCAGUCCGUCCACCUAGGGAGAAGCCACUUGCAGGGCGGAGGCGGCCAGAGAGACACGCGAUGGGGAGCCCGUGGCAGCUUCUGUGCGCGGUGGGAGCUGUCCUCCUCUGCAGCGUUGGGGGCAAGCUCCCCGGCGAGGGCAGAAAUGACAGACCCAUCAUUGGGAUAUUGGCACAAACUCACCACAUGGAAACUUUUGCAAGCCAUGGAAAGUAUUACAUUGCUGCUUCAUAUGUAAAAUAUCUGGAGUCUGCAGGUGCAAGGGUUGUGCCAAUCAGGUUAACACUUUCAAAUGAAGAAUAUGAUCACCUCUUCCAUUCUAUCAAUGGGAUACUUUUUCCUGGUGGAGGGGUCAAUCUUCAGACUUCAAAAUAUCAUGAUGUAGCCCAACUGUUUUAUGAAAAGGCCCUGAAGGCUAAUGAAGAAGGAGAUUAUUUUCCCAUUUGGGGAACAUGCCUUGGAUUUGAAGAGCUUACUGUCUUGACCAGUGGGAAGCUAUUACUAACUUUGACCCAAACUAGUGGAAUUGCCUUGCCAUUAAACUUUACUCAUGCUGUACAUGAAAGUAGGAUGUUCCAGAAUUUCUCUAGUGACUUGAUACAGGCAUUUGCAACAGAACCUCUAACUUCAAAUUUUCAUAAGUGGAGCCUCUCCUUGAAGAAUUUUACAAGGAAUAAGGAGCUAAGUGAGUUUUACAAGGUUUUAUCUACAAAUACACGAGAAGACAUUGAAUUUAUCUCCACAAUGGAAGCAUAUAAAUACCCCAUUUAUGGUGUCCAGUGGCAUCCAGAGAAAAGUGCUUUUGAAUGGAAGAAUUUAACGGGUAUAGUCCAUUCACCACUAGCUAUUAAAACUUCGUUCUACAUGGCAGACUUCUUUGUAAAUGAAGCUCGAAAAAGCCAUCACCAUUUUGCAAGUGAAAAUGAAGAAGCUAAGGCAUUGAUUUAUAAUUACAAUCCUGUUUUCACUGGGGAUCAUUCUCUAUUUCAGCAAUGCUAUUUUUUUGAUUGAAUGUCCUUGGAAAAUUUUGUUAGAACCACAGUGAUUUGUUAAUGGAAUCAUUAAACUGUUGUUUUCCAUGUCAAUGGAAGUAAAGGGGCAAGGUCAUUUUUUUCUCUUG